CAAAAAAACAAAACAGCUAUGAAAACCAAAACUAUUCGAGUAAAUCACGUUAAACGUAACAAUAUAAAACGUUUUUUUUUCCCGUGUUUAUAGUGUGAAUAUUGUGUUCAACUUCAAAGUUGUUGUUAUUUUCCAGUCUCAGCGGCAGAAAUUGUAUUGAUUUUAUUGAUAUCGGCUUUAGUUGGAUCUCUUUUGAAAUAUAGCGGCACUUGUUUACGAAUCACGAUAGCAAAAUGGCGUUUGGCAGUAGGUCCAAGAAUGAUUUUCGUCGUAAAUGGGACAAAGAUGAAUAUGAAAAGCUGGCCCAGAAACGACUCAGAAGAGAGACAGUAAAAAGAUGCUUCUCCGCCACAGAGAUUAUAAAGUGGAUCUGGAAUCAAAACUGGGAAAGACAGUCGUCAUCACAAAGACCACACCACAGGCUGAGAUGGGAGGGUGGGUGUCUGCUAGACAAUGACCGUUCUAGCACUAUGAGCAAUGUUUCGGGGUAUUGUGCUGUUUCUGUUGAUAUCAUUAUGCAUCUCCUUUCUCUCAGAUCAGAGAAACCUGGGAAUGUCCAUGUUAAGGAGAAGAAAGCAAAAGCCUACAGAAAAGAAAGGCAGAAGAAGAUCUCAACUUUGAAGAUGAUGAUGAAAUGGCUGCUGUGAUGGGAUUCUCAGGUUUUGGAUCCUCCAAAAAAAGGCCUUCUCUGAAUAGGUUUCCCUGAACUUUAUAAAAAUUUGCAAGAACUUCAUUAUUGCUUCACAGGACCAUACAGAUUUGUAUCCCAUAUUCUGUUAAAUCCUUCUGAUUCACCAAGCGGAGGGUAACCUGUUUUUGGCCCUUGAUCAAAGAGCAUCAGCAUAAACUAUAUCGAACUCCA